CCAAAUAUUUUAUCUAUGUUUUAUGGUAUUUUCAACUGUAUAUAUAUUCAAAUCCUUCUGCUACAUUGUUUCUAGUUUUGCUUAACAAAAUCUGAUCCUUGAUCAAUGCUUAUAUAUAUAUAUAUCCUUAAUUGUUUUGAAAUCCAUUCUUAUCUUCUACAUCAACAACUGUAAAUUUUUCAAAAUUUAAUUCUCUCUCUAUAUAUAUGCAGAUACUUAUUUACCAGAUAUAUAGUAUAGAGACCUUAAUUUCUCCAGAAAUGUUGGUGACGAGAAAGCAAAGAGAUCUUUUAAAGAAUUUUUUUUGAAAAAAAAAAAACUUUCUAUGUGGUUCACGGGAAAUCAAUACCAGAAAGAAAGGUAGGUAUAUAGAUACAUACAUACAUAUAUAUAUAUAAUCCUUCACGUGUCUACAUUCUUUUGUCCUGGUUGUUUCAAUCAGGUAAUCCAGAAACGUCAGCCUCUAAACAAGAUUCUUCUUUUCACCAACGAAAUUUGAUGAACAAGUAAUUAAUUACUUUCCUUUUUUUUUCUCCUUCAUUUUCAGAGCUACUUGAUCCAUAUAUAUAUCGCCUGCAACAGCCCAGAUUGAGAUCACUUGAAGGCUCGUCGAGAUGGCGACCGGCCGGUGGAUGCCUCGUCGCCGUCUUCUUCUUCUUUUCUUUACUUUGUCAUGGUCUUUGGCCUUGGCAUCAUCAUCUUCAGGGGUGCAACUGCAUGUGUAUGAUGAAUAUGUGGUGGUGGAAAAUGGCAUAGUUGAGGUGAAUUUGUCAAAUCCAGGAGGGUGGGUUAUUGGAGUGAAGUAUAAUGGCAUUGACAAUUUGCUUGAAGUGGCUAACAAGGAAACUAACAGAGGGUACUGGGACCUCGUUUGGAGCAAACCCAACGGUACUGCUCCUCCAAGAACAAAUGGGCCAGGCCCAAUUGGCAAGAAGAAGAAGUACAAGGGCACUUUGGACAGGAUGAUAGCAACAGAAAUGAAGGUGAUAGUGCAGAAUGAAGAGCAGGUAGAGCUCUCAUUCACCAGAGAGUGGAAUUCUUCACUAGAAUACACGCAAGUCCCCUUGAACAUUGACAAAAGGUUUGUGAUGCUUGGUAAUUCCUCUGGUUUCUACACCUAUGGAAUUUACAACCGCUUGAAGGGAUGGCCUGCUUUUGAACUUGACAAUACCAGAAUUGCAUUCAAGCUCAGAAAAGACAUAUUUCAUUAUAUGGCCAUUUCAGACAGUAGACAACGAUAUAUGCCUCUUCCGGAUGACCGGUCACCGGAAAGAGGUCAGGCCCUAGCAUAUCCAGAAGCAGUCCUACUUGUAAAUCCUGUGGAGCCAGAAUUUAAAGGAGAGGUGGAUGAUAAAUACCAAUACGCGUGUGAGAGCAAAGACAUUGGGGUCCAUGGAUGGAUUAGCAAUGACACUGGUAUUGGGUUCUGGCAAAUUUCACCCAGCAAUGAGUUUCGGUCUGGGGGGCCCUUUAAACAAUUCCUAAACUCCCAUGUUGGUCCGACAAACCUCGGUAUAUUCCAUAGCACUCAUUAUGCAGGACCUGAUAUGAUAAUAAAAUUUGAAGAUGGCGAGCAAUGGAAGAAAGUUUAUGGUCCCAUCUUUAUCUAUGUUAAUUCAUUGUCCGAGAGAAAUGGAAAUGUUACAUCUAAGCUUUGGGAGGAUGCUAAAGAACAGUUGAAUAAAGAAGGUCAAAGCUGGCCCUAUAGUUUCCUGGCUUCAGAAGAUUUUCCGAAAUCAAAUCAGCGUGGGAAUAUCAACGGCAGGUUACUGGUCGAAGAUAGGUAUGUAUGUGAGAGAAAGGUAUCUGCAAAGGGUGCUUAUGUGGGGUUGGCACUCCCUGGAGAUGCUGGCUCCUGGCAACUAGAAAGCAAGGGUUACCAAUUUUGGUCCAAGACAGAUGAGGAUGGAUAUUUCUCCAUUGAUAAUAUAAGGACUGGCGAAUAUAAUCUUUAUGCUUCUAUACCUGGUUUUAUUGGAGAUUUCCGUUACAAUGACCUCAUCAGUAUUACUGGAGGCUGCAGCUUAGAAGUGGGUGACCUUGUAUAUAAGCCUCCGAGAAAUGGCUCCACAUUGUGGGAAAUAGGCAUCCCUAAUCGCUCUGCUGCCGAAUUUUAUGUUCUUGAUCCUAACCCAAAGCUCAUCAAUAAGCUUUAUGUCCAUACUGACAGAUUUAGGCAGUAUGGAUUGUGGGAAAGAUAUACGGAAUUGCACCCUCAUCAAGAUUUGGUCUACAAAAUUGGCGACGACUAUAGAAAAGAUUGGUUCUUUGUUCAAGUUACCAGAAGCUUAGAUAAUAGCACAUAUGAAGGAACUACAUGGCAAAUCAAGUUCGAAUUCGAUAAAGGUGAUCAUAACGGAACUUAUACACUUAGAGUGGCACUGGCAACUGCACAUGUUUCUGAAUUGCAGGUUCGAAUUAACGAUCAAAAUGCAACUUCUCCCCUAUUUUCAACUGGAAUCAUUGGGAACGAUAACACAAUCGCGAGACAUGGAAUUCACGGGCUCUAUCGACUAUACAAUGUAGAUGUUCCUGGUACACAGCUUGUGGAAGGGAGUAACACCAUCUUUCUGACACAAACACAGCACAUAAGCCCUUUCCAGGGAAUUAUGUAUGACUAUAUUCGCUUAGAACAGCCACCAUGUAGCACAUUCAUAUAGUUAUUUUGAAUUCAUAGAAAAUUCAAUUACAAAUGCCAGAGUGAAUAAAAUCCAUUUUUUUGACAAGAUUA